AUGGCCCACAGGGACCACAGCAUGGAGGCUGCGGGCUUGGUGGGCAUGGAGGGCUCGGAGGAGGGCAGGGUCCACACGGUCCGCAACAACCUCUACAAAACGACGGGCACGGGCCACAGCGGGAGGCGCAUGGCGGGCAGCAAGGCCCGCAGAACCCACAUGGACCACAGCACGGGAAGCAGCACGGCCCGCAUGGACCGCAGCAUGGCCCACAUGGCGGGCAGGGUGGGCUCGGCGGUGGGCAUGAUGGAGGACAAGGUGGGCAAGGCGGGCAGGGUGGAUACGAAGGUGGUGGACAAGGUGGUGGACACGAAGGCGGUGGGCACGGACCGCAACAGGGGUAGCAGGGACCACAAGGACCGCAACACGCCAUUCUUCGAAUUUUCUUUUUAA